AUGGAUUCCUCCGAAAGUCCUUUUAGCGACCUGGAUAUCUUUGCAGACUGGUCCGGUGAUCCUGCAGAUCAUGUGGAAGUCAAGCUUGUUGUGGAGAUCCAUUGCAGACCCUUCCUCGACAAGCCCGUCCUGAACACCCGUUUACCAAGAGAAUUCGUCGUAGAUUCCUCCCUCCAACUCGCCCCGCCGAAAGCAACCCUCGCUCAGCUCAAUGACCGCGAAUCGGUGGAACGAGACUCCCGGACACCCGAAAGCCCAAUUGUGAGCACGGACGCAGAAAACUCUUCGAUUCGUCCGGAGAACUCAUCGGAGCAAGGUACUGUCCUACUUGACACUCCAAACGAUGACUUUCACGGCGCCACUAUCGUGAACAAUGUCCACAAGGAUCCCCAGGAAAAUCACCCUCUCGGAAAUAUCCUUCAUUCUCGGAAGAGAAGUGCCAAGACUGCCUCGCUACCUGACUCUAUCUCUGAUUCUGAACGGCCGAUUGGUGGUAUCAAGAAUAUCAGGAAUAAUGGUAGCCUGUCUUUUCAUCUGUCUGGCACCUUGUCGAAUGAGUCUAAAAUGAAUCGGCGCAGUCUUAUACCGCGUCCUGUCGGUCUGUUCUCUCAUUCCCAUCAGGCGAGUGCGCCUGGGAGGGUUCCGGUGUUGAACUCGGGAUCUGGAUCUGAGUCUGGAUCUGGGUAUUUGUUGCGAGAGAAAUUUGCGGCCAUGAGGAAGUCUGAUGAGAAUGUGAAUGUUAAUUCAACCGCGAAUACGAAUAUGAGUACACCGAAGAUCUAUGGAGAUGAUGGAUUCAUGCUGUCCAGUCCUUUGGCGGCCAUAGUCGACAAUGUGUUCGACAACGCAGUCAAAAAUUCGAUUGGGAAGGCAAUCAACGAGGGUAAUGACUCGAGUCUCCCUGCAGCUGCAUAUGUCUCUGGAGGCAAGGAUGGAACUAAGUCUCGAUCAGAUACGCUUUCCAACGUGGUAUCGUGCGGGACUCCGUGCGACAUCCAUAACAUUCUAGAUUCAUACGGGGUAGUUGACGAUUACCCGAAUGGCCCUGUUGAGCCACUUUAUUCUGUUCAAACUCCGCGCUCGCCCCUCUCGCCAUAUGGUUCAUUUCUCGACUUGUCGGCCCCUCAACUUAACCAUGAGAACGGUGUAUUCCGCAUCUUUUGUCCUCGCGAUACCAAACCCGCCGUUUACAAAGCGACUAUUUCAUUUAUCAUGCCUAUGGAGAAGGGAACACCCCGGGGAUGGCUAAACUUUAUUAUUCCGGGAUUACCUCGACUGCGGAAUAAUUGCACCGGCUACCUUUAUUUCUGGACCCCUCCCAGUCAAGGAAUAGAGUUCCGUACCACCCAUUUGAAGCGACACAGCCUUGUCGAAAGCUGCAUGAUGGGCCAAUUUCCAGUAUUUGAAAAGCUAGUUGUUCCGGUGCGGCCUUGCGAUGGACGAUUUUAUGGCUUCCUCAAGGACUUCAAAGUGACACAGAGUAUUCGUGCUGACUUUCCCGACGAAGAUGAUCAAGAUCCACAGACAUGGGUUGUUGAAUACCAUGUGGUAUGCACCAUCCAUCUUAUUCAGCGUGACUUUUGGGCCGAAAAAUGUGGCUUAACUCUCUAUGUGUAUGGCGGACCUGAUACUGAAUUCUCUGCUCAUCUUCUUGAAUCCCACGAGGGAUUUCAGACAAUCAACCUGAACUCAUCGCCUGACGCUCGCAUUGGUAUCGCAGAAGUUCAAAUUAUCUGCUCGCCUUCCAAUCUGAGCAUGUUUGCCAUUACUUGGAAAGUCCGACUGCCACGGAACAGUCCCAUCUGGAUGCCCCGUAUUCGAGGCACUGUGGAUACCGAUGGGUUUGUUGAGGAUCUGGAAGAUCGUUACACGGUGGCAGAGGCAAACGGCACUUAUGAAGUCGUAAACGUCUCGCCCGCUCCCAAGCCUGACGCAUUUACAGCCCGUGCCCCUGACCCUGAACCCAAGUCCAACAGUACUAAAGGAUCCUGGAGUGUGGCCUGUUUCAUCCUUAUAAUCUGUAUUGUGUGUUUUGUGAGUCGAACCACGUACCGUCUCUACGAUGAGGGCUUUUUUGAUGGGCCUUUAGAUGGGCCUUUAGUUGUUGCAGCAGACUCGGUUGAGGUAAUUCCCAUCGGGGACAGUCCUGAUACGGCCGUUGCCAUGACCAUCCCCGUGACUGGUGAAGCCCCUGUUCCAGCUCCUGUUGUUCCAAAUGUUCCUGUCUCUCCCACCACUGUUCCUCUCCGAGAUCAAGUCGAUUAUCUGCUCGGUUGGCGAGGACCUUACUGA